CCACGGGCCUGGGUUCUCCUUCUACGUCAAUGACACUGGGCGGUUCAUGAAUGGGUUUUUUGGAGUGGGAGGGCCCGUCAUCUGACUUUACCAGGCUGGAGGAAAAAAAAGUGGGUGUUGUGCUUUGGUGUGUUUGGUUUGCUGCGAUGCAUCUUCAUGACUGUUUUUAAACACACGAGCAGCGGUUCUCGGUGCCCACAGAGCGGAGCAAACAUACAUCAGCUGAGUCGUGCAGGCCGGCGGCAGCAGCAGCAGCAGUGCAGCGGGGGGAAAGUAGCUCCAACCCAGCCAGACUCAGUGACGGCAGCCCUGAACCAGAGGAGGGAGAGCCGUGUCGGUGAACCAUGGGUUUCCGCAAGAAGAACAAGAGCCCGCCGGUGCUGAGCCACGAGUUUGUGAUCCAGAAUCACGCCGAUAUGGUGUCGUGUUUGGCCAUGAUUAUCCUUCUCGGCCUGAUGUUCGAGGUCACAGCAAAGUUUGCCAUCAUGUUCAUCACAGUCCAGUACAAUGUUACGCAAGUUCUUGACGAGAAGAACGAGCCAGUGAACCUUUACCAGUAUGGCCCUAAAGAUGUUGCCACCGUGUUUUUCUACUUGCUUAUUGCGGUCAUCCUUCACGCGUUGAUACAAGAAUAUAUUCUUGACAAAAUGAACAGGAGGUUGCACCUGUCGAAAACCAAACACAGCAAGUUUAAUGAAUCGGGACAACUGGCUGCAUUCUACCUGUUCUCCUUCAUCUGGGGCUGCAGCAUCCUGACAGCGGAGGACUUUGCAACAAAUCCUACUUUCUUAUGGGAGGGUUACCCACAUACUCACAUGGUUUUUCAGGUCAAGUUCUUCUACAUUUGCCAAAUUGCCUAUUGGCUCCAUGCACUUCCUGAGCUGUACUUUCAGAAAGUACGGAAGGAGGACAUCCCCCGCCAGCUCUAUUACAUUUGCCUUUAUGUUGUUCACAUCACUGGUGCCUAUGUUUUAAACCUCCACCGACUGGGCCUGGUGUUGCUGGUCCCUCACUACCUGGUGGAGCUCCUGUUCCACGCUUCACGCCUCUUCUACUUCAGCGAUGAGAACAAGCAGAAAGGUUUCACUCUGUGGGCGCUGCUUUUUGUCAUUGCCCGCCUCCUCACUCUCACACUGUCAGUUCUGACGUUUGGCUUCGGGCUGCCCCGUACAGAAAACCAGGGCUUUUCCCUUGCAGAAGGCAACUUCAAUGUGCUCACCAUAAGGAUGACUUGUCUGGCAGCUAUCUGCCUGACGCAGGCUUGGAUGAUGUGGAAAUUCAUUAACUUCCAGUUGAAAAAGUGGAGGGAGCACAGCCAGAACCAGGCCUCAAAGAAGAAGAUGGUCAGUCCAAAGAGCAAGCCUCACAAAAGGGAGCCUACAAGGGGAGGUGCUGCCAAUGGGAUUGUGAAGUCUGAGGAUAAAACGUCUCCACGGGCAAGAAAAGCCAAAACUUCAUAGAGAUGGAGCAACUGGGGGGGAAAAAAAAAAAAACUGAGUGAGGGAGUUCUCACAAUGUGACAUUAUGUCUUUAGACAACUUCAAAUUUUGUCUACUGCUCUCCAAAACAAACGUUUAAUCGCACUAAGAAACCUUACCUAACAGUCCCUUUGAGGUUGAAACUCCUUUUUGAAAAAAGUUCAAUGUUACUGUCAGUUAGAAAUGUUUUAUUAUAAAUUAUGGUUCUCUGUAGAUGGGACACUGGCAGGGCAGUGCUGGUUUUGAUGCUUUAACAGGAUAGAUCUAGCGCUUCAAAGUGUCCUUUUGUGUAGAACUAUGAUCACUCGCCGGGUACUUUAAAAAGAGUUGCUCUUCAGUAAUUUGACACGGAAUCAGUUAACGUCACAGUACCUUAAAAAGCGAAUUUUGACUUCAGGGCAACUUAAUGUAAAGUGUUAAUGUUACUGUACAGGGUCAUUUUAAGUUUUGGCCUUAUUCAGUUAAACUCACAAAAGAGGCCACUGGCUCGUGCCCCAAAAUAUAGCCUUUCUUGCUCUGCAAGACAGCACUUCGAUAUUCUGCUCUUGUUAGGAAAAGAUUUUAAAUAAAUCGCUCCAAAGGAAUAUUUGUGCUAUUUAGGUAUUUGGCAUAGCUGCAGCCAGAAAACUGAAGCUUUUACUUAACUCCUUGAUCAUUUACUGCCAUUGUUUGACAGCCUCUGCCUUUGAAAUCCAACAUGUUCUAGGAUUGAGGCACUUUUAUAUUUUUUAUUUGCUUUUUAUCACUAGUCUGGUAAUCAGCUUCACACUGUUAACAGGGGCUCAUCCAGGUUAGGAGCCUUACCAAGAGGAAGAUGUAUUGUAACCUGUAAUGCUGUACUGUAUGCAUACAGUUAAAUCUUUAUCAUGGCAUGAUCCGAAACUUGAGCAAGAAACUGUGUUUGAGGCUGUGAUUCAGUCUUUUAUAUGGUUAUGUCAAUGCAUGGUGGUUUAAGGCUUAUGGCUAGUUCCUACCUGUGCUGUUGAGUUUGCAUCUCUCUCUCACACACAACCGCACACACACACACAAGCAUUCAGUGGCCUUUUUACAACUGCUGCAAGAGGUUUGAGUUAUUUAUUUUUGUCAUAUACUACAGAUAGUUAUUAUUUUAUAUGCUUUGAAACAGCUAUAACCAGCAAACACAGCGGUACAUAGCAACUGCAUUCAGUUAAUCCAAACAAAGUGUCCUUAUAUUGUCAGUGGUUUGUAUCACUCGUUCUGCUUGUGUUGCGUUCUGUUUGCCUUCUCGGUUCGCUUUUUUAUUCUCGGGUAUCAGGGGACAAGCUAUUCACCACUUACAAGUUGUAUCCCAUGGUUCAAUGGGAGGUGUGUUUGUGAGGGGAUGUGUUUGUAUGCCUGUGCACUUACUCGUGUGUGUGUGUGUGUGUGUGUGUGUGUGUGUGUGUGGGUGUGUACAGUAUAGUUUAAGCCUACUGUGUAUGUUUGUGAAUUAACUGGGCCUGAAUGAUGAUGAUGAUGACAACGAUGUUUAUUGCUUGUCUCGUAAAAAAAAAUAUUGCCUGUGUGCAGAGCAUGAAAUGUGACAAUCUGUUCAUUGACUCCUGCCCCGUUGGUUGUGUUUCACAAUCAUAUCUUGUCCCUUAGUUCACUUUGGUUGGGCCCGUCUCAGUUCCCAACACACUUGUGUGUGUGUAAAACACUGAGUUGUGGAUAGGUGUAUGUUCUAUAGGUUACUGGUUACUAAAUGCUUCUGUGUUCAAUGUCUCUAACCCCUCAGAUGCCCUAUCCUGUGUGAGAGAGACUCUGUGAUUUCUGCCAAAUGUGGCAUGUUCUGUCCUUCCUGCUUCACCUUUUCAAUGAUCCUGACAUUGCUACAGUAUGGAACACACGUAUUGUACUGUUGGCCAUUCUCUUUCCUCUCACGGACCAAGUCCUGCUCUUCUACUAAACCACUGUGCAUGCGAAGCUCUACUGUACAGAAAAGACUGUACUACCUGUCUGUAGACAGCUGGAGUUGGGAGUCUUAGUCUAGAGCAGGGAGGAGAUGAAGAUGCCAUUCAUUUUUGCUCCCUUUAGUGCUCCUUAUUGGGACUUUGGUGGUCUUUAAAGCCCUAUGUCUGUGUAUGGCAGUGUCAUAGGAGGGAAGGAGGAGCAGAGGACGUAUGUACCAGCCUGUUAUUAAACUGUCUCAGAUGUAAAAGAAAAAAAAAAAGAACGGACUUAACCCUACACUGUACUAAAAUAUGUGUCAGAUUUUUAAGCUAUUUUUAUAGAGGGGAAACUGUUGAAAUUCACUGUUGUUCAGUAAACACGUGUGAAUAUUCGUUUUGCAUCCAUAUUGAUAUGAAUUGUUUUUUAUAUGAGAAUGAAGCUUGCUGAACUGUUAGCCUGGGAUAUACAUUGUGGUAUGAGUGUAAAAAAUUUACUUAGCCUAAUGGUUUAUUUAACUUCAUGGCCUUAUUAGAGCAAAGUGAACUCAAUUGUAUUACAGUGCUCAGUUAACACUAUGCUGCAGGUGUACGCUGCAGCUUUCACACCUACAUGUUUUAUGAUAGUUGAACACACCGACGUAAUGACACUUGUCAUCCAACACGUCAGUUUAAAUAUAUGAUCAGAAGAGCAAAUGGUCAGUAUAGUGUUUUAUUUGUUGCAGUCCUGCAGGUGUUUUUCAGUUGUGACCCGGACACAGAACAAUAAAACUACAUUAUUCAGAGUGAAACCUUUUCUUGCUCAUCAGAUGUCAUACUGUACAACAAUCAGCAGACGAUCAGGCUCUGAAACAUGAGCCACACUGCAGUUCACAGCCCCUGUGCUUUGAGACACAAUAGCCUGUAUAAUCCCACAGGAAUGCAUUUUUUUUUUUUUUGCAUUAUAUGCAUUAUGUCAAAGCACCAUAACACUGCACACUUUGGGCUGUUUUUGCAUUGAUUUACAUGUUAUGUUUUUGUUGUGUGUGGACCCCAGGAAGGUUAGCUGCUACCUUAGUGGCAGCUAUUGGGGAUCCAAAUUAAGAAUAAGUGUAAGAAUUGAUUCUCAAUGGAUCAAUAAUGAGAUCACUUUAAAAAAAAAAAAAAAAGACC